AUGGGGAGAGUGAAGCUUCAGAUUAAGAGGAUUGAGAACACAACAAAUAGGCAGGUCACUUUCUCAAAAAGGAGAAACGGACUUAUCAAAAAAGCUUAUGAACUUUCUGUUCUCUGUGAUGUUGAUGUAGCUCUCAUCAUGUUUUCCCCAUCAGGAAGACUGUGUCACUUUUCAGGAAACAAGAGCAUUGAAGAGAUUUUGAAACGGUAUGUUAAUCAUCCUGAGAAUGAGCGAGGAAGGCUGCACAACCAAGAGUAUCUCCGAAGGGUUCUUGGUAAGCUAAAGGGUGAAGCAGAUCGAACCUAUCAAGAAGCCAGCCCAGCGAGUAGUAAUUCUCAACUCGAGGAGAUUCAACAAGAAAUCCUUAGCUGUAAAUCCCAGUUGGAAGAUAUGGAGAACCGACUAAGAAUAUUUGAAGGAGAUCCUUUGGAAAUCACGACAUUGUACGAGGCUGAGGUUCGGGAGCAAAUCCUUAAAGAAACUUUGAGACGUGUGCAUAUGCGCAAGCAAGUUUUGGAGGAAAGGUUCAGUUCUUCUGGAGCACCGCCGACUUCAGAGGUGCAAACGCCUUCAACGCUGGAUUGGCUUCCUGAAAAAGACCCACAAGUCCAGAUCCUGAAUUUUUUGGAUUCGAAUGGCCUUCUUCCGCUGAGGUGCUUGCAUGUAUUGGAUUUGGCAACAAAAUCUUAUUAA